AGUAGCCCACACUCCCCUCGUGUGGCCCUGUUCGACACAGACGACGACCAGGACAGGGACAGACAGAGAGCUGGAACCGGGAAGGCUGGAGGUCCGUGGGAGACUGUCAGUCCUCGCCGUCGCGGUUCCUCUUGGCGCCGCCGCCGGACCUCGGCCGGUGAUAUCGAAGUGAAGACUUGUCGUACCUUCUGUACCUUUGUAUGGUAUUAACAAGUACAACCGUCUGGGUGAUCCUUUUGGGCAAAUGGAAGGCACUAACCUACCCCCUGGAAACACGAUGCAAGGAACUCCUUAUGGUAGCUUGAAUGUGCAUGGUAGCUCCAUGCAAAUGCAUGCUCCAAACUCAGGAAAACAGAUAUUCAGCCAAUCUCAGAUGCCAGGGAAUUUCACAAUGCCUAUCAACCAGGCUACAGAACCUGAUAACCUUGGACUUCAGUUUGGAGAACAUGGAAAAAAUGAUCACCACCACCACCGCAGUCAUCACUCGAAGAACUCUGUCAGUGAUGAUGAGGAGCAUGAUAUGACCGAGGAGACUGAUACCCAUAGCGGCAAAGGCAAGAAAGGCUCUGCAUGGCAUCGGAUGAAGUGGACAGGUUCCAUGGUUAAACUUUUGAUCACCGCAGCAUCUUACACGGGGGAGGAUCCUGGGGCUGAUCCGAGCAGCGGGAAGAGGAACAUUACAAUAAUGCAGAAGAAGGGCAAAUGGAAAGCAAUAUCAAAGGUCAUGGGCGAAAGGGGGUGCAGUGUGUCACCGCAGCAGUGCGAGGAUAAGUUCAAUGACCUCAACAAGAGAUAUAAAAGGCUUACGGAUAUCCUUGGUCGUGGCACUGCUUGCACUAUUGUGGACAACCCAGCACUUCUUGAUCGCAUGAAUAAUCUUUCUGAUAAGAUGAAAGAAGAUGCAAGGAAGAUAAUGAACUCUAAGCACUUAUUCUAUGAAGAGAUGUGUUCCUAUCAUAACAACAACCGCGUGAAUUUACCUGAAGAUCUCGCACUUCAGCACUCACUACAGGUUGCUCUUAGAUGUAAAGAAGAGCAUGAUCUGAGGAGGGAUGCAAGUGGAGAUGCCGAAGAAGAUGAGCACAGUGCAGAUUCUGAUUACGAGGAGCAUGAUGAAGAGCAUCACACAGUUCAUACCAAUACAAGGGGUACGUCCAUGAAGAAAAGAAUGUGUCAUGCGGUGGAUCAUGGUGAUGUAGGUUUUGUCAGCCCAAGCUCAAAUGAUAAUAGUGGGAGGUUUGAUCCCCAUAGCAUCACAUUGGAUAUCAACAAAGUUUGUCCGGAUGGAACCAACUUGUCUUCUGGGCUGAAGGACUUGGCUUCACAAGCAGUAGAGCUUCAGAAACGUCGCUUGCAGAUUGAAGUACAGGAACUGGAACUAACAAAGCAACGUCUCAAGUGGGAGAGGUUUAGGAAGAAGAAGGAUAGGGAAAUUGAAAGGAUGGCGUUGGAGAAUGAACAAAUGAUGCUUGAGACUAAGCGUUUGGAACUUCAGCUAAGACACAAGGAGCUAGAGCUUAAGCUAAAAGCCAAUGAAAAUCAUGCAUGAUUUUUUGUUUGAUCAAAGCUUUGGUUUCCAAUACGGCCGACUGCGCUUUUUACAAGAUUGGAUAUUCAACGAAGAACCUUGAAGACCAAUUCGAUGCAUCGGAGUAUUGGACUUUGGUUCAGGAAUCUUCUUACUGCCUCUGGUAGCUGUAACAUCAUUUGUACUACUGGGCUUGGUCUGUUCUGUGAACUUGAAAUGCUUCAAUUUUAUUUUUUUCCUUUUCUACCUUCUAGUCAAGGUGUAGACUUUUUGCUAACUAUGGAUUAGUGCUAGAAGUCAGGUCAGAAGGUCAUGCCGGUCAUCGUUAGUUACCGCCGCAACUCCGCACACAUUAUUUGGCGUCUGCAUUUUGAUGUUAUAUUUGUUCGGAGUUGAUUUUGCGGUAUCCUGAAGGCAAAACAGACAUGAAGCAUGCAGGAGAGGAGGCACGGUCUUAUGUACAUUUAUAGUGCUGUUUUUCUGCUCAUGAAAGUUGCCGGUUCCUGGGGUAGGAGAGUGAUCCGUCAGCAUUUGAAAAGCAACUGAUUGUUGCAAUAAUUGGGAAUGCAGCAUUCUAGAGGUGUAUUCUGCUGUGAGUUUUUAGAUAUUCUGUUGUGUUGAAAUAACAGCUUGCUUGUUACCAAAUCAUUUUGGAGAGUUGAGUACUGGUGCAAUUCUACCAUACUUCUCUGUA